UGCUGCUUGGAGGUAAUGAAUAGUUUGGCUCUAUGUGAACGACGAUUGUUAAGCGAGGGGGUGGGGGUGAGGGCAAAUUACCCGCCGGAAAAGGAUAAAGGAACUCUCGCCAGGCGCUUGCCACUCCGUCUUCGCACUUCACGGGAACAACAGGGUCGUCUGGCUCGGCACAAGAAGCAACUUGGUGCUGGGUGCCUCUGCACAGUACGAAAGCCACGCCAGAAUCCCAGAACCGCGGGUUCCUCUUCCCGUGACGGAGACCGUGACGAGGACGGAGACGGUGACGCACACGUUCCGCGUGACGACGACGAGCGACAUCUGGGUGACGGAGAGCACCUUCGUGGAGCUCCCCGUGACGGUGUACACGACGGAUCGCGACUACGUGCCCGAGGUGCCCAGGACGGUGACCUCGGUGCUCAAGGUUACCACCACACCGGUUUUCGUAAAAACUGCCGAGGAAUUCGUGAACCCUUCCCGCACCUUCAUUUCCGUCUACACCAGCUUCGUGACCACCACAGAGACCGUUAAAUUCUGGCAGAGCAUCUAUCACGUCUCCACAGAUUACCAGAUAACGACACUGCCAAUUUGGACUACACAAGAACUUGUACAGCACGUGGUCACGACCACAACUCGUUAUGUUACCAACGUCGUUACAUCUACGCAAGCGCUCUACGGACACUAAACCAUAACGCAUACUUUGCAAUAAACGUUGCUUCUAAA